AGAGAACGAAAGCGGCGAAUUUCUCCUCGCUGUGAUCUGUCGUGAGGCUCUGCGCUGAGUGCAGAGCGACCGCACCACUUUCGAAGCCCAGAUUGACCCAGCAGAAGCACGCCCAGCUUCGACUGCCCGACGUCAGACGACUGACGGCGUGAGCCAGCAUCCUGCAGCACGGACGCUAGAAUGGCAUUGAAACGCAUCAACAAGGUGGGAGCAGAGCACCGGACGGCGGAUCUGUGGCGGAUUUGUGUCUCGACGUGUCUGUCUGCUGCGUCGUGUCGUCUGAUCGCAGGAGUUGCAGGAUUUGGGCAAGGAUCCGCCAGCCAACUGCUCGGCGGGUCCGAUCGGCGACGACAUGUUCCACUGGCAGGCCACCAUCAUGGGACCUUCCGACAGGUAGGCACCGACCUUUGGGGCACACACACACAGCGAUGGCUGGGACACUGGAUGGAUGGACACACACAUCCCCCUUUGUCGUGUGUGUGUGUGUGUGUGUGUGUGUGGUGAGCAGUCCGUAUGCGGGCGGUGUGUAUUUCCUCAACAUUACGUUCCCCAGCGACUACCCUUUCAAACCACCGAAGGCACGAACGAACACACACACACACACAGAGGGAGAGAGGCCGUCCAUCCCUCCAUGUGUCCCUCUCAGGUGAAUUUCACGACUCGCAUUUACCACUGCAACAUCAACAGCAACGGGAGCAUCUGCCUGGACAUCCUCAAGGACCAGUGGAGCCCCGCACUCACCAUAUCCAAGGUCCUGCUCUCCAUCUCAUCACUACUCACCGACGCCAAUCCAGGUCGGUCGGCCUGCCUGCCCGAGGCAGACGUCUACAGCGACAAUUCCCCUCACGUCCACCCGUUGUUCAUCCAUGUGUGUGUGUGUGUGUGUGUGUGUGCGUGCAGAUGAUCCCUUGGUGCCUGAGAUAGCGCAUCUGUACAAGACGGACCGGACGCGACACGACGCCGUUGCCAGGGAGUGGACGCAGAAGUACGCCAUGUGAGGGAGGGAGGGCAAGACGUGUAGGGAGGGAGGGAGGGAGAUAGGAGACGAGGGAGAGGGAGGGAGCGAGGGAGGGAGGAAGGGAGAGUGUAUGUGUGUCGCCCUACCUAUCCCAUCCACCCCCAUCCACCCGCGCCACCCCACCUGCCCACUUAGAUGUUUGUCUGUCCGUCCAUCAGUCAGUCCAUCAGCGGUGCCGUGCCGUGCCGUGCCGUGCUCACUCACUGACCGCUCGCAGCGUGUGUGCGUGCGUGUGGUGCCGUGUCACGUCGCGUCAAGUCGUGGCUGGCUGCCAGCUGUGGAUAUGAUACGACAUAUAUAAGUAUGUCUGGUUGGGUGGGGGGGGCCUUGUGGUGGGUGUGGCGACGGUUGCUAGCCGAAUGAAUGGUGGGUGGGAUGAAGAGGGUGGGGUGGGGGGCAUCUGGCUGGUGCGCUGCGCUGUGCUGUGUGUGACGCGAUAGACGGACAUCACGGCGGCUGCGUUUCUUGCACGGAAAGCCACGGGGAUGGAUGGGUAUCGGUGUGGAUGUGGAUGUCCUCUAAUGCUCUCUUCCUCUCUGUCUGUCUGUCCGUCUGUCUGUCUGCCUUUCCGUCCGUCUGCUCGGCUCUCUGUGUCUGUCUGUCUGUCUGUCUGUGGGUGUGUGUCAGUCUGGUGUGUUAAUCUGGUUUUGACGCUGGUUGUACAGUCGUGAGUUAUGAUAAUGGGAAUGAUUGUUGGUAAAUCAAUAGACGACCCGACUAGCAAACAACACAAUAAUACAAUCGCAUGCCGGGUGUCUGGCUGCCUGCCUGCCCGCCUGCCUGAUAGAGAUCGACCAGUGGGGGGGUGGUAGGUAGGCAGUGAGUGAGUGAGUGUUUUUGUCCCCUUCCAAUUUUGCCAAGGACAGCGCAGAGGCAGCAUAGCGGCGCCACUGUAACGGUCGGGCAGGUGGUGGGCCGGCGCAGCUGGUGCCUUCUCUGCAUGGAGGGGGCGGCACGCACCGAACCGAACCGAACCGCACUGCAACGUCGCCUCUGGCCUGGCGGAUUGGCUGGCUUGUCUGUCUGUCUGUCUGUCUGUCUGUCUGUCGAGUGGCUGGCAUGCGUCUUAGCUGUAUCAUUCUCCGACCCCCUCCCUUUUCUCUCUCUCUGUCGAUUGAGUGUAUGUGUGCCUCCCUCCUGUCUGCGUACCUCGUUUAAGAUCCCUCCCGCGUCAGUCUGUCCGUCCGUCCGUCCCUUCGUGUGUGGUGGAUGAGAUGAGCUGCAUGGAAUGGCUGGAUGGAUGGAUGGAUGCGCAUAUCUAACGAAUGAAUGAGUGAAUGGUGUGCGUGAAGGUGAGUGGGGUGUGUCGUGUCGGCCGGUGGGGUGUGGGGUGGGGUGGGCGAGGACUCAUGCAUGGCGUGCGUGAAGGCCAGUGUGUUGUCUGCCGCGUAAUUCAUCUACCUACCUCUGUCGAUCCUCGCUGGCCUUCCCCGACUGACUGACUGACCGACUGGCUGACUUUCUUCCUCUUCCCUCCUCUCUCUGGCUCUCUCUCUCUCGGGUAGCGUGGGGGUCGGCAUGCUUGAGCGUCACACCAUACAAUCGAUGGAGUGUAGAUCGAAUCCCUCGUCCAUCCAGGUUCCCUCCCUCCCUCCUCCUCAUUAUUCCCUCCCUUAUUUUGUCCUCUAAAUGCGUUCAUCCAGUGCGUGCGUAUGUAUGCCCUGCCGUGAGGCGCCAGGGCGGGCGGGGGGGCCGGCUGGGCAGGGGCGGCCCGGCUAGGCUACCCCCCUCCCCUCCCCACACAAGCUUACCUUACCUUGGCUUGUAUGCUGUGGACGGAUGGCUGUUACAUGUAUAAUCUGAUUUCACUCAUCGUAUCGUAUGGCUGCCAGUAUUAGUGUGAUUGACACAUGUCAUGUGUG